AUGGAAGAGCUAAGUGGUAUUUUAGAAGAAACAUUUAGUUUAAAAGAAGGAAAUAAUACAUCUGAAUCACAUCCAAGAUUUUCUAAAUAUAAAAAUGAAGGAAGAGCUAAGGAAAUACAAAGACAACGUCGUGAAGAAUAUAAAAAAAGGCAAUUAGAGCGAAGAUUUAAUUAUUUACAAAUAUUAAGAGGAUUAAAGACAGAAAUUGGUGGUGUAAUUAAAGAUGAUUUUGAUGUAGAUUCAAUGGAUGAUACUGAUUCCGUUACUUCAAGUGAUACUACAAAAGAAAGGAUACAAGUUAAAAGAAAAAAAAAAGAAGAAAAAAAAAAUUAUCUUAUGUUUAGUGAAUGGAUGGUAGAUAUACCUGAAAAUUUUGAAACUGAAUGGUUAAUGAAAUUGUGUCCAAAAGGAAGAAGGCAACUUGUUGUUGCUGCUAAUGGUUUGACAAAUAUUUAUGCAAAAUCAGGAUUUAGGGUUAAUCAAUUUUUAUCACAUCUUCCUGGUGGUUGCAAAAGUAAUCGUGAUUCACUAACCAUUCUUGAUUGUAUUCUAGACACAGAAAAAAAUAUAUUUUAUGUAUUAGAUUUAAUUAGUUGGGAUAAUACAGAUUUUUCAUCAUCUGAAUUUGAAUUUAGGCAUUAUUGGCUGAUAUCAAGAUUCGAAGAAAAUUCUUUAUUUGGAGAAAGGACAAAGAAAAAUCCAUAUUCUUUUAUACCUCUUCCAAUAUAUCCAUGUACAAAAGAAGGCAUUACUGAAGGAAUAAAUAAAGAAAUAUCUUUUAAAUUAGAUGGUUUACUUUUUUAUUCAAAAUCUGUGUUUUAUGAAAGUGGACAGAAUCCAUUUGUUGGAUGGUUACUUCCAUGGAUGCUUCCAGAUUGUUUAGGUAUUGACAUUCCUGAAAAGUAUAAAGAAAAUGGUGAAAAUAAGGAAGUGAAAGAAUUUAUUUCAAAUUUCAAUCAAACACAUGACUUUACAGGUUCUGUAAAAAAAACAAAAACAUGUAGUGAAAAAAUGAUUUAA